AUGGACACCCUCCAGCUGUUCCGGGGUGACACCGUCCUCGUCAAGGGCAAGAAGCGCAAGGACACCGUUCUGAUUGUUUUGGCCGAUGAUGAUCUCGAUGAUGGAAGCGCUCGCAUCAACCGUGUUGUGAGACACAACCUGCGUGUCAAGCACGGCGAUAUCAUCACCGUCCACCCCUGCCCCGACAUCAAAUACGCCAAGCGUAUUGCCGUUCUCCCCAUCGCCGACACCGUUGAGGGCCUCACUGGCUCCCUUUUCGAUGUCUACCUCGCCCCCUACUUCCGCGAAGCCUACAGACCCGUGAGACAGGGAGACCUGUUCACAGUAAGAGGUGGUAUGAGACAAGUGGAAUUCAAGGUUGUUGAGGUGGAUCCCCCAGAGUAUGGCAUCGUUGCCCAAGAUACCAUCAUCCACUGCGAGGGUGAGCCGAUCCAGCGCGAGGAUGAGGAGGGCAACCUCAACGAGGUCGGUUACGACGACAUCGGUGGCUGCAGGAAGCAGAUGGCUCAGAUCCGUGAGUUGGUCGAGCUGCCCCUUCGCCACCCCCAGCUCUUCAAGUCCAUCGGUAUCAAGCCUCCCCGUGGUAUCCUCAUGUACGGUCCUCCGGGUACCGGUAAGACUCUGAUGGCUCGUGCUGUGGCCAACGAGACUGGCGCUUUCUUCUUCCUGAUCAACGGUCCCGAGAUCAUGUCCAAGAUGGCCGGUGAAUCCGAGUCCAACCUGCGCAAGGCCUUCGAGGAAGCCGAGAAGAACUCCCCUGCCAUCAUCUUCAUUGAUGAAAUCGAUUCCAUCGCCCCUAAGCGUGAGAAGACCAACGGUGAAGUCGAGCGUCGUGUCGUCUCUCAGCUUCUGACCCUGAUGGACGGUAUGAAGGCCCGCUCCAACGUGGUUGUCAUGGCCGCCACCAACCGCCCCAACUCCAUCGACCCUGCCCUCCGCCGUUUCGGUCGUUUCGAUCGUGAGGUCGACAUCGGUAUCCCCGACCCCACUGGCCGUCUGGAGAUCCUCUCGAUCCACACCAAGAACAUGAAGCUGGGUGAUGAUGUCGACUUGGAGACCAUUGCCGCCGAGACCCACGGUUACGUCGGUUCCGAUCUUGCCUCUCUGUGCUCUGAGGCCGCCAUGCAGCAGAUCCGUGAGAAGAUGGAUUUGAUUGACCUCGACGAGGACACCAUUGACGCGGAGGUCCUGGACUCUCUGGGUGUUACCAUGGAGAACUUCCGUUACGCCCUCGGUGUCUCCAACCCCUCCGCUCUCCGCGAGGUUGCCGUUGUCGAGGUGCCCAACGUCCGUUGGGAGGACAUUGGUGGUCUGGAGGAGGUCAAGCGCGAGCUCAUCGAGAGCGUGCAGUACCCUGUCGACCACCCCGAGAAGUUCCAGAAGUUUGGUCUUUCUCCUUCCCGCGGUGUUUUGUUCUAUGGUCCUCCUGGUACUGGUAAGACCAUGCUUGCCAAGGCCGUGGCCAACGAGUGUGCUGCCAACUUCAUCUCGGUCAAGGGUCCUGAGCUGCUGAGUAUGUGGUUCGGUGAGUCCGAGAGCAACAUCCGUGAUAUCUUCGACAAGGCCCGCGCCGCUGCUCCUUGCGUUGUCUUCCUGGAUGAGUUGGAUUCCAUCGCCAAGUCUCGUGGUGGCUCUGUCGGUGAUGCCGGCGGUGCCUCUGACCGUGUCGUCAACCAGCUCCUGACUGAGAUGGACGGUAUGACUUCCAAGAAGAACGUCUUCGUCAUUGGUGCCACGAACAGACCCGAGCAGCUUGAUGCCGCCCUGGUCCGUCCUGGUCGUCUUGACACCCUGGUCUACGUUCCUCUGCCCGACCAGGCCUCUCGUGAGAGCAUCCUCAAGGCCCAGCUCCGCAAGACUCCUAUCGCUGGCGACAUCGACCUCUCCUUCAUUGCCAGCAAGACCCACGGAUUCUCCGGUGCUGAUCUUGGCUUCGUGACCCAGCGUGCUGUCAAGCUCGCCAUCAAGCAGUCCAUCGGCGCUGAUAUUGAGCGCCAGAAGCAGCGUGAGGCCCAGGGCGAGGAUGUCAAGAUGGAGGACGAGGAGGUCGAGGAGGAGGACCCGGUGCCGGAGCUUACCCGGGCACACUUCGAGGAGGCGAUGAAGUCGGCCAGGCGCUCCGUCAGCGACGUGGAGAUCCGUCGCUACGAGGCAUUUGCCCAGAGCCUGAAGAACUCGGGUGGCAGCAGCUUCUUCCGCUUCCCGUCGGCGGGUGAGGUGACGGACAACAACACGUUUGGUGAAGCCGGCAAUGACGACAGCCUCUAUGACUAG